UGGACGACGCCCAAACUACCAUGCAAUCAGCCACGGCGCUUGGCUUUACAACUCCUUGAGAGAGAAGAAAAAAAAAAAAGUGAUCCUUAUGAUUCAACGACAGGCGCGAUUUUAUCAAUCUAGCAAACAAUUUCAUGCCGGUCACAUCGGCGAUGGAGCCCACGGCUAAAAGCAAAUGGAGGACCAUAAGCAGAAAGGAGGGGGCAUGGCCUUCGGAAAUGACCACCACCACGAGGACGAGUUCAUAGGUGGAGCCACAAGCCAGUCGUACUGCUCCUUUUCCCUUUCCUCUUCUCUUCUUCUUCUUCUUCUUCCUUCUCUUCCUCACAGCCUUAGAAUUGGAGUUCAACAACGUCCGAUUCCAGUGCCAUGGGCCGAACCAGCACGAGGCUACCAAGCUUCUGCUUAAACCGUGGUGCAACUCCAGUCCGAGUCCGGUCUCCACCGAUAGACUCGAAGCCCGUUUCUGCCACCGUCGAGGCAUGUCAGCUCCUCGAGCCUUCUGCCAAUGUGGAGGAGUCCAGUGAUGGAACAAAGAAGGAUGUGGAGCUUGGCAGAAGGAUCAUGGUUGUCGUGGACUCGAGCCCCGAAGCUAAGACUGCCUUGCAGUGGACGCUCUCGCACUCGGUCGGGAGCAACGACACUAUUGUUCUUCUGGACAUUGUGAAGCCAUCUAAGCAUGGUGAACAACUUCAGAGGGAGAGAGAUCCAAAGGGUUCUGAGCUCCUCUGUGCUAUGAAGAGUAUCUGCCAAUCAAAAAGACCUGAGGUAGAAGUUGAAUUUUCUAUAGUGGAAGGGAAAGAGCGAGGGCCGGCCAUCGUCGAAGAGGCCAGAAAGCAGGGAGCCUCCCUCCUUGUCAUGGGGCAGAAGAAGCGAUGGAUCACAUGGCGUCUGCUGAUGAUGUGGGCCGGAAGUAAGAUCGGAAGCAGCAUCGUAGACUACUGCGUGAAGAAUGCGAGCUGCAUGGCUCUGGCAGUGAGGAGAAAGAGUAGGAGAGGUGGUGGAUAUUUGAUCACUACCAAGCGUCAGAAAGACUUCUGGCUUUUGGCUUAAGGAAGGGUGCGUGCUUCGAGUGUAAUGUCUGUGAAUAAUAAAAGAGAAAGAUGGAAGCCAUAGGUUUGUUAAAUCCUUAUUGCUACUGGAUGAUAGAUUCUCUUUCUUGGAUAGAGGAGAAUACCUUGGCUCAGUAUUAAAUUAUAGUGGCUGCGGAGUUAAAAAUAAAGUGGUCGACAAUUUGGUUGUA